AUGGCAUUGUCAUUCGAUGACAGACUUUUGGGUGAAAAAGUGGAUAAUUACUGCAGCUCAAGCGAUGAACAUGACGAUUCCGACAAUGAAAAAUCCGAUAAUACCGAAUGUGUACCACACGAUCGUCCUAACGCCAAUUAUGUUCCGUCAAGAUCCGCCCAGACCGGUCCAAAGGGCGUCAUUGAAGACUACCAUAGGUUUCAGGAGCUGCAAGCCGAAAGCAGGCGUCAGAAAGAACUGAUGGUCCUCCAGCUUGCUGAAAAAUGCACCUUGACUUGCAGACCGUUCAGUGAGGACCUCAAGUCACAAGAGGUUGAAGCAGAAUUGAAGGCCUUACUUGAGCUUUCCGAAGAUGACGAGAAAUUUCUGGACGCCUACCGUCAGAAGAGAAUGGCGGAAUUGCAAGCAAACCUACAAAGCUUGCCUACCUUCAACCGUAUUUUUGAUCUCAACGCCAGUACUUUCGUCACCGAAAUCGACAGUGAGGCAGCUUCAGUUACAAUCAUUAUUCUCAUCUAUGAAGAGGGUGUCGCCGCGUGCCAUUCGGCCAACGAAUGUUUGAAAGUCCUUUGCCGGGCCUAUCCGCACAUCAAGUUUUGCCGAAUUCGGGCAUCGUCGGCGUUCAUGAGUCGAAACUUUGUGAGCAACUCUUGUUUAUGA